AUGGAGGCGGCUGCAGUGAGGGGCUUGGCCUUUAGCUGGUUCCGCAGCUUCCUUACCGGGCGAGAGCAGCGAGUGCGUGUUGGUCAAACUUGCAAGGGAUUAAAGAACUCUACAAGAAGAAGUCAUGAACGAGGAGGUUUUCGUCAGGGUGGAGCAUCUCAGAGCAAUGCCAGAGAUGGUGGUGGACCCAUGAGAAGCAGGAGAGUCAAAUUUGAUUCAUCGAUAAGAGUUCCCUAUUCUCGACCUCCUGGUGAUAUCAACAGCCGCUGGCAGCUUGAUCUCUAUGAUGGUCCGGUUCUCAACAAGAGGAGGAGAUCAGGAGGUCUAAUCAUGACAGGUGGUCCUACAAAACUAGUCGUUUCAAAUCUGGACUAUGGAAUAUUAAGUUCAGACAUACAGGUGCUCUUCUCAAAGUUUGGGCCUCUACACAGUGCAACGGUGAACUAUGAAAAGUCUGGUCGCUCCAUGGGCUCGGCUUACGUCGUAUUUGAGCGAAAAGCAGAUGCUGUCAGGGCUAUGAAACAGUACAACAGGGUUCCUCUAGAUGGUCGCCCCAUGCAUAUUGAAUUGACUACGUCUGAUGUUAAAGUUAUGAUGCAGCAAGGAAACCGAUUCAAUGGCGGCUUCACCCACAGGCCUAAUCCUGGACGUUUUGGUUUCAGAAGAAAUGGUCGCGGCGAGGGAAGAAGAGGCGGACGAGGAGGGAAAAAAGUCCCAACUGCAGCAGAGUUAGAUGCAGAAUUAGAUGCGUACAUCAGCGAAAUAACGUUGUGUAAACUGAACAUAAAUGAAGUCUAA